AAUGGUUCAGUCGUGAGUUGCGUUGCAUUGCGUGCGGUCUGAGGCUCCGCUGCCAAUUUGGAAACCCGCCCUAGACCCUAUUACUUUAUUCUAAGCAGUGCGUCUUCGUUGCCGAAUCGAAGCCCAUUGACAUGGAUAUGCACAAGGAAGCGGAAGCGAACGACAAGUUCAUCGUGAAAUAUCGCCAGCAGUAUUACGACUUGUCCAAGUUUUUGCACAAGCAUCCAGGGGGCUUGAAUACCCUGAAGGGUCUCAAAAGCGGAGACAUGACAUCCCGCUUUUUGAAGGCACCGCCGCAUUCGGAUGCAGCCAUGUACCUGAUGAAGGAAUACAAGAUCGAACCAGAGGACUCUCAGAAAAUAAAGUCAAGCCAUAAAGAAGCCGAACUUCAGGAAGGUAAUGGGGCCAUAAGACAACGGCCUAGGGAAACCGAGGACAAGAACAAUAACCAGGUGGAUGAGAGCAUGGAGCACUUGGUGGACUGGUCCAAGGCAAUGCUUCCACAGAUCGCUAACAUUACGGAUUGCUACGAUGAGUGGGUGCACAAGCCGGUGGACAGGCCUCUGCGACUCUUUGGUCCUUGGUACUUGGAGAUGUGUACGAAGACGCCGUGGUGGUUGGUGCCCACAUUCUGGAUUCCCGUGAUCAUCCGGUGUGCCUGGGAGGACCUCACCAGCAGCUGGCAGGAUCGUAGCCAGCUUGCAGUGUUUGCCGCUUACUUUUUGUUCGGAGUACUCCUGUGGUCCUUCCUGGAGUACACACUCCACCGCUGGGUGUUCCACGUAAAGCUGAGCAGCAACAGCGGCAGUUGGCUAUGCACAUUUCACUUCAUGAUCCACGGACUACACCACAAAGUGCCCUACGAUCCGAAGCGCCUGGUGUUCCCGCCUCUUCCAGGAGCCCUGCUCGCUACGAUCAUCUACACGCCGCUCAGCCUCGUCCUUUGGCAUCCACGUGUGGUCCUGUCUGGAGCUUUGGCCGGUUACCUGUGCUACGACAUGAUUCACUACUACCUACACUACGGCAAUCCCUCCACCCGGGCCUUCGUGCACAUGAAGCGGUAUCACUUCCACCACCACUUCUCGCACCAAACCCUCGGAUACGGCAUCAGCAGUCCGCUGUGGGAUGUCGUCUUCAAAACGAGGAUCCACCUCCGCAAGCUGAGGUAUCAACUACGCUGGUCCUAGCCGCAAAUUAAUGGCUAUCACACAGUGCUACUAUAGAACAAAUUAAACUCAGUUUUUCAUUGCAACAGAGUUGCUGCCGGAGCAAAAAGCUCAAUUCGUUUUCGAAGAGUUUUGUGUAGGCUGAAUACUGAGCAUUAGGAAUAAGAAUAUAUUGUAAGUCUUCUACCUUUUCUAUUUAACAGGAAUAAACUUCCAAUGAUACCAAA